UACUUUACUAACUGUCGUCGCGCGUCGUGAUAGCGCGAACGUGCCACCGCUACUGGCAGAGUCGUGUGCGCUCCGCAGUGUACUCGUCGGGCGCAUCCACAUCGUAAUUAUUUAUUAAAAUUGUUUACAUAUUUUAAAAUGUCGUGUUUAAUUGAUCUCUAACGGUUUUCGGUUUAAUUCGAUUAAUAUUGGUGUUGUUAUCAUUAUGGCGUGUGUAUCGAUCCGUUCAAUGUGUAGAUGAGAAUUGUUCGUCAUUUUUUGAUAUUGAAAUAUUCUCGAGGUUAUUAUGUUUAGUGUUGUGGAUUUUGAAAUAAUGAUAACGCAGUGGUUGCGAAUUAUCAAACCACCAUUUUUGUACUGGUUGCCAUAGACGGCAACCUUAACUUCUCCCAUCGAGUCGAAAAAUGGGGGAAGACGGAGGAGGGUGGUGACCAGAACAAUCGCAGGGGUUGGAAAUGGGCAACAAACUGAGCUCCUGCGGACCUCUAAUAAAAAAGUCGUAUAGAUACGAUGAUGUUACUGGACCAUUUCAAAGUUCAUCCCGAAGAAGAGAUGGCCAUCUUCUAAGAUUGUGGGCAGAGGUAUUCCAUGUGAGUGCCAAAGGGGAAGAAAUAAAAUGGCAACAAAUAUCCGAAGAUCUUGUUCCUGUGAAUAUUACAUGCAUACAAGAUGGACCCGAGUAUAUAUUCCAUAUCACCGCUUACAACAGUCAAGUGGAAAAAAUUAUGGAUAUUCGUCUGGUGCAGCCGGGUACAAAAAUAGGUUUAGCUUCAGAAUGUUUUGCGUAUUGGAAAGAACCACAUAGUAACGACACAUGGGGUCUCAAUUUUACAUCACCCAUUGAUGCUAAACAAUUUAAAGAAUGUUGUACUCCUUCUGUAAAGUUGUCUCGAAAAUCGUCUUCAUCAUAUUCUCUCAAGUUGGAUACCUCCAAAAGACAAAGUACAAAGGUUAAAAGAAAACCUUUGUCUACCCCAACGUCACCCAGCAGAUCGAGAGAGCCUCAAUGUACUUGCAUGACAGCAGACCAGUUUAAUAGACUCAGAGCGCAAGAUCCACGAUACAAUAAAGAAAGAUCUUCGACGUUACCACGGUCUCAUACAAGACAGCUCUCCCUUGGGGAUGGACCUUCAGACCCAGAUAGAGCAUUGGGAGUUGAGGACACUUCCAAACAGACCAUAUCCCGAAGCUCAACUAUGAGAGACAGAGAAACUGCCACGCCUGGUGGAAAAUUAAACAUCACCGGAACUGGAUCACAAACAGAACAGGGUCAACAGGACACUUGCAAAAGUGAAGGAGUGCAGACAAUUGGUGCCAAGACCACAACUACCACAGGCACAUGCACACCGCGAAUGUCCUCAAAAGACUAUUCCGAAAAUUAUGUCGAUUCGGAUUUGUUUAAGUCUACUGCUAUACCAAAAAGUUCAAGAAAUCAAAAUAAAAUUUAUAGAGAUGAUUACCGAUUUAGAGAUAAUAUGGGAACAAUAAAACGCUCAUUGAAGCCAAUGCCUUCUUUGGAUAGUCCUGUAACAUCUCCGGAAAUGACGAGAAGACGUGGUUAUAGUUAUUACCAUCAACCCCCGCCACCGUCAAAUAUGUCUAUAUCUAUGCCUCAUUGUUCAAGACAAGUGUUGUCGGAACCAGAGUCAUCGGUAAAACACAGGAAUUCACGUUUCAGUAAUUUAGGAUCUCGUUCAUCAUAUGAUAUUGGUCGUAAUGGCCAAAUGAGGGAUUCACGAGGUAUGUACUUGGAGUUAGAUAGAAAUGGGCGACCUAUUCCAGUUAGCGAUGGUUCACCUCUUUCGGAUAACGUUAUAUUCGAUAAUCAGUGUUACGCAACUACACCUAGCUCGAGUAAUGGUAAUUCAGAACAGGAUCAAUCUAGCAUUAAGGGAAAAUCAGGGCGCUAUCAGAAACAUGAUAAUCAAGCUACCAGUACUCCUGGUUCACCAACUAGCCGUUUAUUGCUCGAAUAUGAAAUGCAUUUGCGAAAUACUUUAGCUCGAGGAAUGGAUGCCGAAAGUUAUAGUUUACAUACAUUUGAAGCUCUCUUGUCACAGAGUAUGGAAAACUUAGAAAUGGCUGAACAGUUGCCCCCGUUGAAUUCUAGAGGUCAAUACCAAACGAUGAGACGGCCAAUGAGUGCAGCAGGAAGUUUUAAUAGGUCAUCCACACUUCCACAUAGAGUAGAAAGGUCAUCAAGUGCAACUAGGGAAGGAUAUUAUAGUGAUAGGCAAGAUGCUGCUGCAAGAGAACGUGAUAGAGAACGAGGCUAUUUAUCUGAUCAUGCCCCUUCAAGUAAUCGAUGCGCCAAUUGUUGGAAUGAAUCUGCUCGUGCUCAAUGGUUUAGACAUAGUGAUGGAUGGCGGUGUGGAUCAUCGACUAUGGGAAGUAGCGCUUCAAAUGCUGGGAUUCCUUACGAUGGACACUAUGUACGUCAUCAUUUACCUACCGGAAGGCCAUCAAAGAGAUCUACUUGGGAAUCUUUGCCGUCACUUCGUCAUGAAAAUAGUCUUAUCACUGAUAGUGGUUACAAGUCUAAUAGGAACGAAUCAUUUGACCAAAGGAUAUUCGAACGACAAGAUAGUGGAAGGUUAGAUUAUAUGACUGAAAGAGAGGCUAGGCAUAGUUUUAGUGGAAUUACACAACAAGCUUCCGUUGAAAGUACCGAUUCCCGCUUGUGUUAUCUUACAUCGUCAGAGAUAUCAGACGAUGACCGUAUGUCAUUGACAACUGCUAUCAGUGAUGAAGAUGACGGAGAGAGUACACAGAAUUCGCCAUACCGUGGUAAGCAAACAGGGACUGCAGCAGCCUCGUUCAAUUGUACAGGAGCUGUCAGAAAAGCAGGGUUUUUGAGUGUUAAAAAAUGGCUACUUCGUAAAAAACACCAGAUUGAACUCGCUAGGAAACGAGGCUGGAAAGGAUAUUGGGUAUGUCUUAAAGGCACUACGUUACUAUUCUAUCCAUGCGAUUCCAGAGAGGGUCGUAGUGUUGAAGCAGCUCCGAAACAUCUUAUUAUUGUAGAUGGAGCAAUUAUGCAGCCUAUUCCAGAACACCCUAAAAGAGAUUAUAUAUUUUGUUUAAGUACAGCUUUUGGCGAUGCUUACUUAUUUCAGGCGCCUUGUCAAGUUGAAUUAGAGAAUUGGGUGAACAGUAUACAUUCAGCAUGUGGAGCAGCUUUUGCUAGACACAGAGGCAAAAUAGGAACAUUGCACUUAUUACAAGAAGAAGUUUAUAGAAUCGAAAAACAAAUAGAGGCUGAUCAAAAACUGAAACAUAUGGCUGAGGUACAAGUUGAAAUGUUAGCAGAUCCAGACACAAAAGAACAAAUUAAAAAACAAAUUUUAACUUGGGAAGAAAAUUUAGAACGAUUGCAUUGUGAACAAUUUAGACUUAAAUGUUACAUGGCUAGCUUACAAAACGGAGAACUUCCCAAUCCAAAAAUUCUAUUAACUCGAGUAUCAAAGGCUACUAAAAUAACUUUAAAUAAGUUGGGUGUAUUUACUGUAUCUUCUUUGCAUGCUUUUAUUUGCGCUCGUUCGCCAUCUUUGCUCAACAAUCUAUUGGCUGGACGAGGUGCUACAAAACGAAAGGCUCCGGUAUUGUCUCGGUCUAAUAGUAGUUCUGGAAGAAGAUCAUUACAAUCGUCAAUUUCUAGAGAAGACCAAGACAGAACUGUUAAAGUGUCAUUACCUGAUAAUCAAUCUGUUCAGAUUUAUUUGCGUGAUGGCAUGACGGUUGAUGAAUAUUUAGCAUUAUCUUGUUCAAGGAAGGGACUGAAUCCAAUGGAACAUUUUGUUAGGGUAAAAAAGAGGAGAGAUAUGGAAGACCAUAAUUACUUUGUACCUCAUCGAACUGAUAGCAUUGAAACUUAUCUCCACACGCACGAAGUUGUCGAAGUUCGAGCGAAAAUUUUAUAUCAAGUAGAGCUUGAAAGAAAUACAUUAGAUCAAAUGUGGGGAUUUUCAGUAGAAGCUGAGUUGAUAGAAAACUCUGAACGUCAAGAUGAACUUUGUUGUUAUGUUAGCCGUGUCGAAGAUAAAGGAAUAGCUAUUCAAAAUGGGCUAAUUAAAGGUGAUGAAAUAAUGGUAAUCAAUAGCGCGAUUGUAAGUGAUUUAGACAUGAUGUACUUGGAGUCAGCUCUUCAAGAAGAAUUGUCUUUGAGUAUGAUGAUGAGAUCUUCUCGAACUGAAGCUCCUCAAUUGCCUCCGGGUUCAAGGGUUGUAUCAAAAACUACUGAUGAUAUAAUACAAUCGUUAGUUUGCCCCCCACCUCCUACAGAUCCACCAGGUAUCUCUGAAGAGAUGAUUUCGGGACUAAUUGUGCCAGCUCCAGGGUGGAAUAAGGAUAGCCAUCACGAAAUGGACAUGAGCACUAUUAUGUCUGACGCUAAGCAUACUUCAAGAGGAAAUUCUUUCGAAAUCGAAAACUUAAUCAAGAGCGCUGGAGAAGUUACUGGAUUUUGUAGAUCUCCUGAACCAGCUAGAAGAGUUAGCCCAACUAUUAUUUCUGCAUCGCAGAAUCCCAUGUUAACCAUUGGUCGCCAGUUGACAGACGCAGAAAAACUAAGAAAAGUUAUAUGUGAACUUAUAGACACAGAAAAAUCUUAUAUUAAACAUUUAAAUAACUUACUGGAAAAUUACUUAGAACCGCUUAAACAAGAAACUUUUUUAAGUGGUGUGGAAAUUGCCGUUUUAUUUGGUAACAUUCAAGAAAUUGUACAGUUUCAACAUCAGUUUUUGCAAAAUCUUGAAGGAGCUGUUCAUCAAGAACACAAUUUUUACAAAUUUGAUCAACCAGAACAAUUUAAGAAUAUUCUUUUUUCUAUCGGGAGUGCCUUUUUGUAUUAUGUAAAUCAUUUUAAAUUAUACAGUUCAUUCUGUGCUAGUCAUUCGAAAGCUCAAAAAAUUCUCAACCCUAAUGAAGGUAAUCAAGCUCUUCAAGAAUUUUUGUGUUCAAGGAAUCCUCGCCAACAACAUUCUUGUUCAUUAGAAUCGUACUUGAUAAAACCUAUACAAAGGAUAUUAAAAUAUCCGUUGCUAUUGCAACAAUUAAGAAAUCUUACAGAUCCGAAUUCGGAUCAACAUCUUCAUUUAGUUGAGGCACUUAAAGGUAUGGAAAAUGUCGCUGAACAUAUUAACGAAAUGCAGCGAAUACACGAAGAAUAUGGAGCAAUAUUUGAUCAUUUAUUCCGACAGCAUCAAAAAUCUUCUAAACAGUCUAUUGAUUUGUCACCUGGCGAUUUACUUUACUAUGGUGGAGUAGAAUGGUUAAACAUUUCUGAUUUUCUUGGUAAAAUCAAAAAAGGUCUAGAACUGCACGCAAUGUGUUUUGUUUUUAAGUCAGCAGUAGUGUUUCUAUGUAAAGAGCGUUUAAGGCAAAAGAAAAAACUUAUGAGCGUGGCUGGCAAAAGUGAUAUGGAAAUUAUCAGAUAUCAAGUGUUAAUUCCUGUUACUGAAGUUCAAGUCAGGGCAAGUUCAGCUAAAGAUAUGGAAACGCAUUUCUUGUGGGAGCUAAUUCAUUUAAGAAGCCAGUCCCAUAGGAGAGCCGAAAAAAUUUACGUUUUAUCAAACAGUACUGCAGAUUUUAGAAACGCAUUUUUAAAGACUAUACGCCAAAUAAUCCGUGAAAGUGUUCGUAAUAUGAGUAUUCCCACUGCCAAACCUUCAACCAAUUCACCUGCUCAACUAGUUAGCAAUACUGCAACAUUAGGAAGACAAACAAUUAGUACUGGAAGCUCCCAAAUUAAAGCGGAGAAUUCAAAACCUCCCGGUUUACCAAAUGUGCCACAAGGAUCUCAAACAUUAGGUAAACCCAAAAAAAUUCCACCAAAACCUCCACAGCGACAUUCUUCAGGUAGUACAUUAACUAAAGUAGAGUUAAAAAAUCAAGGUACAUCAUCGACUGAUUCCACAACAGAUACUGGAGUGACACAAACAGUUUUGCCAAAUCAAAGAACCAAGAGUAGAGAAGAUAAAAAAGAUGAUCCAAAAUCUGAGGCCGAAGAUGACAGCACCAGUCAGCCAGGAACAUCUAAAGGAUUACAACCUCGUGGAAGUCUGGGAAAGACACCUAACUAUUUGAUGCUGAGUACAACGUCGACAUUAUCAGCUAGCAGUACAGGUAGUCAAGCGGCUAGACUAGUGGAAAGGUCACAGCAGCCGGAAAACUAUCAGCCACCUCAAGUGCAAGACCUCGGUUCCCCAGUAUGGAAACCUAGAGAGUUAGGAGAAUCUUCGACAUUACCACGAAAGAAAAAAUCCUCACAGGAAAAAUUUGAAACAAGAACUAUGGUGAGAAAAGGCGACUCUAAAAAAGAUAAAAAUAAAUAAUAAAAAAAGUGGGACAAUCAAAUAAAAACAUACAUAGGCAUACAAACAUAAAUUAUAUAAUUAAAAAAAGGUACUAAUAAUAGUCCUAUUUUUAUUGCGUAAAUGACUACGUUAUUCUAAAUGACAACAAAAGGUUUGGGUAUGAACACAGACCUUCAUCAGGCCGAUGAAACAAUAAGGUGUUUCAAAUCAAAUUAGUUUAAUUCUUAAAUUUUCAUUACCACAUUGGUAUGUUCCUAUAUUAUUCAUUGCUCGAAAAUUAGAUUUUAUUUCGUCAUUUCGUUGUUUUGUAUAAUUUAAUAUAAUGGCUGAACAAAUAAUACUCAAAAAUAAAAACUAUUGAAUGAAGAAAGACAAACACAUCGACCAAAAUUAUUAAAAUUUAGUAAAAUCUUAUCAUUUUUUUAAAUUUUCAAGAAAAUUAAAAAUCUACAAGAAUGGUUAUGGUGCGUAUAUGAAUACGAGUCAUUCUUGCAUCGUGAUAUGAAUCAUAAAUAAUUUUUUGUUAGAAUGAAGUCUUAUUUAUUACAUUUAAAUAAGAUAUUAAAUUUAUUGCAGUCGACAUUCAUUUAUUGUUCGUAUUUAAGCUCAAAUGUUAUUUUCUUCAACACAGUCAUUAAUUUCCUCUUUAAUUAUAAACAGUUGAAUAGUUAAACAAAAGCUUUUUAAAAUGCCUCAAUUUGAUCUCAUUAGUUAUAUAUUGAUGGUAUACGUUUAGAAUAGAAUUAAAAAAUGAAACCAUAUGUAAUAUACCAUUAUAGUAUUAACAGCAAUUCAUAAUGGGUUUAUUUGUUAGUAGCAUCAAAAACACUGAAUAACAUAAUUGUAUACUGUAAUAUGUAGUUAGAUUGUGUGCGUACAAACGUGUUAUUAAGAAAAAUAACAUUAAUUACACGCAUAUUGAGACGAAUAAAAAUUAAAUCGCACAGUAUAAGUUUAGAUGAGAAAAAUCUGAGAGCAAUGACUAAAAUUACGAUUGAAAAAUAACGUUAAUUUUAACCUAUUACUUUUAUUGUUUUUAUUUGUUUAUAAAAUAUUGUUAUAUUUUGAUCUUUAAAUAAUAUUUCACACGCAUUAUUUUGAAUCUUUGAAAUUACACUAGUAUAAGUACAUCGGAAUAUUAAAACUACUAUGUUAAAAUUUAAAUAAAUUUUAUAUAAUUAAUAUUUGACAAACAAUAUGGUGUACUUAAUGUUAUGUUAAUAUUUCUAUCUUAUAAGCUUUUGGACUUGACGAAAUCGACCGCCUAAAAGUUUAAUUAAAUAUAAUUCAAGUAAACGCCAAAUCACAUGAUUAUUAAUAAAAAUUAUUAACAUACUUUCUAAAUAAUUUUAGAUAAAACAUUAAAAUCCUUAACAAAAAAAAAAAAUUGUUGUAAAAUGUCGUGCUCAUGUAGGUGUACCUUAGAAAUUAUAGAGUAAGUUUUUGAAUUUAAUUAUAAAAAACCACCCAAUUAUGUUUUAAAUUUAGUACAAUCGUUAUCAUAACAAUAUUAUUAUAUUAAAUGAAUUAACUGAAAAAUUUGUUUCGUUAUUACAUGUUUAUUAACAACUUAUAUUAAACAAUGUAAAACUCUAGACCCACCGCACAACCAUACGAAUACUAUAUAUAUAUAUUAUUAAUUAAUUUUAUUAUUUUAGUUCUUCUGUAAUAAAAAAAUAUGUUGAGAAAUUAUUGUUGUGUUAUUGUAUUUGUAAAUAAAAUAAAAAAUUAUCGUAUUUUGUUUCGUA